UUUGGUGAUAGGGUUUUUUGCUUAGUUUUAACAGAUAUUGAAAGAAUGGUUAAUGAAGUAGAGAAGUUUGCUGAGGAGGAUAAACGUGUUAAAGAAACUGUAACAUUACGUAAUGAAUUUGAAUCAUAUGCCUAUCAUCUCAAGAACCAGGUAUUAUGCAGAUGUGUGCUUCAACAACAAACACUGCUAGUACGUUUGUGGAUGAAGGUCUGA